AAUGACAGAAGAGCUCUGACAAGUCAGAUAAAUUCAUGGUAGGGGCCGUUCAGUCUUAAAAUGGAUUAUUAUGAAACUUUCCUUUUUAAAGCAGGUUGGAAUAACAAAAAUCAAACAAACAAACGAUCCGGAUAUGAAAUACUUUUAUAGUCAUGAGACUACCAGAAGAGUUGAGCGCUUAAAAGGAACUAUAACGGUGAAGGAGGAAGAAGAAACUCUGAUGGAGGAACCGCUACAAACUUGGUCUAAACUGGUUUAAACGGAUGAUAAUUAGAAAACAAACAAACAACAGAGAGUUAAACUUCAAUUCCUUUGAGGACCUUUCUAGUUUAAGCGUCUUUGUGCACCAUGCGUAAAAGAUGGAUACGUCGGAGUCUGCCUGUUCUGAUUUUCACUUUCUUCCUCAUUGUGUUUGUGGAUUUUCAAUUACGCACAACCCGCUUUCCCAGAUUCAAUCACCUCCCGUCGCCCAGUGCGCUCCAUGGAUUCAUCCAGCAGGUUUCCAUCGCGGCCAAAGGCGCGCGGAGUUUAAUGUACAACUACAGCAGCAGCGGAAGAAGAUCCAAACUGGAUAAAUAUAACGGAGACAAGUCGGUGACUGAAGGUACCCAUGACUCUCAGCCAAAACUCAGACUGGAUGAUAUUUAUAUAGCUGUGAAAACCACGUGGAAGUUCCACCAGACGCGUCUUGCGCUUCUGUUGGACACUUGGAUCACAAGGACCAAGGCGGAUACAUUUAUUUUCACCGACAAAGAGGACGAGGAAUUACAAUCAAAAGGUUAUAACAUGGUGGUAACGAGGUGCCAGUCAGAUCACAGCCAUCAGGCGCUUUCCUGUAAGAUGUCUGCUGAGUAUGACGGUUUUAUGGCCUCAAACAAGAGGUGGUUUUGCCAUGUUGACGACGAUAACUAUGUGAACUUGGAAGGUCUCCUCUCUUUGCUCUCGAACUUCCCACAGGAAGGGGACAUCUAUGUUGGGAAGCCCAGUCUGGACAAACCAAUUACUGCUCACCAACUGCUGGAAGGGAAUAAAACGACAAAUGUGCAGUUCUGGUUUGCCACUGGAGGCGCAGGUUUCUGUCUAAGUCGUAGGCUGGCAGAAAAGAUGUCUCCUUGGGCCAGUGGCUCACACUUUGAGCAGACGUCAGCCAAAAUCCGUCUCCCAGAUGACUGCACCGUGGGCUUUAUUGUGGAGAAGAUGCUGGGCAUCAAAAUGGUCCACUGUUCAUUGUUCCACUCCCAUUUGGAAAACCUGCUUCUAAUAAGUCAAACAAGCCUCCCACGACAGGUAACUCUGAGCUAUGGGAUGUUUGAGAACAAGAUGAACAGCAUUGAGGUAAAAGGGAGCUUUUCUAAGGAAGAGGACCCCUCCAGGUUUAAGACCGUCCACUGUAUCCUGUAUCCAUCCACCAGCUGGUGUCCUCCAGUCACUUGAGAGAAAGCUGCUAUCCUGCUAGUUGAAAAAAACAACAAAAACAGUUUCAGGGCAUAAAAAAAAACUCCUUGUUCUUGAAGCAGUCAUAUGUUCUGUUGCAGAAUAGCACAAAAAGAACUGGGGCUGAAACAAUAAUUCAGUAUGAUGAAAGUGUUCUCCCUCGGCUCUCCAGUCAAGUUUUGCCUCAUUAUAGAGACAUGUCAUUUAUUCUUUACUGUUGUUUUUGAAUAAUUCAGCUUCAAAUAAUUACCUUUGCGUCUUACCAUCUAAAAGAUUUUUUUUACACUUGAGCAGUUAAUAAAAAAAACAAAGAUGUGUUUAUUUUUUUAUUGCUAUUGAGGGAAGAUUCUUUUAUUUUGUGGCAGCCAUUUUUUUUCGCCCUUAGAUUUUUAUGGACAAUAUCAUAAUUUAAACAAAUGGCUUUUAAAAAUAUAUAUUUUAAGAGUGAAUUAUGAUUUUAUCUGUAAAUAUGGUUGUUAUGAAUAACUGCAGGUGGUAA